AUGAAGCAGGCCGCCUGGCUUGCAACCUACAACCGCCGCCUCGCCACAAACGAGCAGAUCCUCGUCGAGGUCCGGAGCUUCCUCGAGGAUAUCCACACAUUCCAAAACGACUGCGUCGACAGGAACACAAGAUUCAAGGCCAUCUGCGCCCGAUACGACGCCCUCUUCCUCGCCCCGGCGUCCACCCCCGGCUCGAGCGCCGCCUACCUCGCAUCGCAGCGCGCGGCCACCACGGACCACAACCUGGACGUCGAGCGCUACGACGCCGCCGUCGACGCCCUGCAGACCGAGCUGGUGGUUCUGGAGCGCGACUUGGGCCUCCACGAGCACAGAAAGUCGCGGGAGACGGCGGCUGCGAUCCGACACCUGCGCGCCGAGGCGGCGGGCGUGCGGGAGCCCAACCUCUGGUACGAGGUGUGGAGGUCGCGGUGCCAUGGGCGCAGGGACGCGGGCACGUAUGCGUCGGGGUGCAUCGAGAUCCUGAGCACGGCAGUUGCGAGGUGCGCGGCGGUCAUCUCCGAGCACCGGGCCAACUGCGCUUCCAUCAACGACCGCCACAUCAAGGCGCAGCUGAAAAUCAGGGCGGAGGGUAUCGCCAUGAGGUACGGGGUGCAACCCAGCGCCGAGUUCAUGGAGCGGCCUAGUCAAGACGGCCUGGCGAGACUUCAAGAGCAGGGAGAGGCGGCGUCGACAGAUUGGACGCUAGAGAGGAGAAACGUCAGUCGUUCGAGGAUUGAAAGGCAGGAGAAGCUGUUGCAGAAGCAGCUCGAGCAGAAAAAUACCCUGGAGCGCUACUAUUCCCGUACGAAGAUGUUCCACCAACGGGCUUUAGAUCUCAUUGAUGACAACAUAUACGACCUCAAGAACAAAAUGACCGAUGUCAAAGCAGCAGAGGUUAUAGAGACACUGGAGCUCUGGGUCGAGCUUGUUGAUGUGCCGGACCUUGAUUCCAGCAACGGCUCGUCUCCCCCCGAAUCCACCGAGUCCCGAUGA